AACUGUGCAGAUACACCAAAAGAAUUUGAUGAUUCCGAUCAAUUUUUGAUGUGGUUUACUGAAUGGAGUGAAGAUUUUUGUUUUCAUAAAGAUAUUGAGAAUAAAAAAUUACAAACUAUAUGCUCAUUUACUAACUGUGAGUCAGCGUCUAGCAAACAAAAAAGUGAAUGUUUAAAUGCAUGUAGAACAUAUAAUAUGUUUAUUAACAAGUGGCAUAUAGAAUAUAUAAACCAGCACUAUACAUAUGAUGAUCUCCAUAAAAAUAUAAAAGGAAUAAAAGAAAAGGAUACUCCUACGUUUUUAAGCAAAAAAUGUGGUGAUAAAUGCUCAUGUUUCAAUAAUAAAGAUGUUAAUACUGUUGAUGAAUUAUUUGAAACUCCUCCCAAAAAAUAUGAAAAUAAUUGUAAGUGUGCCCCUACUCCUCC